CGCACUCGCUUUCUCACUUUCUUCUCUAAAGGGGUUGUGGCUCCCCCACGGAUCAUCCCAGAGCGCUACCCGGAGAUGCAGGGCUACGACGACCUCGACGCGCAGCUUCAUCAAGCCGGCCUUUGGCCGUUCGUCUCCCGGGCGCGAAAGGAGAUCAACCCGGUGCUGAUCCGGGCCUUCUACUCCAACCUCCGGCGUGAGGACGACGUGCUCUACUCGCUUGUCAAGAGCACACCGAUCGAGCUCACCAUGGAGCAGCUUGGGCGCAUCGCCGGCCUCCCCUUCCAAGGCGAAGACGUCUCCCACUAUGGCGGAGAAGACUGGGUGCUCAACAACGAGGGUAAUAUCCUCAACGAGCUUAGCAUCACCGAGCUCAUCCGCCAUGCCUCGGGCCGCCCCACCAUCCACUCCGCUAACCCCGAAGGCCGUCUCGUUCUCUACAUCGUGUCCCGGAUCAUCAAACCCCGGAAGCAUGGCCACACAAUCAUGUCCGGUGAGGACCUCAAGCUCAUCCACGCGAUCAUGCACUCGGCCCCAAUCAAUUGGGCGAAGUUUGUCAUGAUCAACAUGACAAUCGCCGCGUCCACCGACCACGACCACCUACUCCCGUACCCGCUCGUGGUUAUGGACAUCCUUGAAAGGUUCAAGGUAACCACCACCGUUGGCCCGCUCACGAAGGCCACGAAGCUUUGGACGAUCAGCGCCCAAACCUUCACAAAGCGGUCGGACAACGCCGCGCCACGCCGCACUACCCCUGUCGCCGGCCCAGCCGAACCCCAGACCCGGGCCAACCUCGCCUCCAUCGCCGACUCCCUCAACCGGCUACACUUCAAAGUUGACGGGAUGGAUGGCUACCUUGAGCGGCUCGACGAGGCGGUCCAACGCCAAGGGUACGCCAUGAACGCGUACUUCCAACGCGUUAACUACGUCCCCCCACCGUACCAUGGCACAUUCUUUGGGCAAGUGUACAGUGACGAGGACGAAGACGAUGCCUCCUACGCCCCGUCAAGCUCCCCGGACGAAGAUGAGUUCGAAGAUGCCAUCGAUGGGGAUGCGAUGGACGUCGACGACGACGAGGAGGAAACCGAAGACGAAGACUAGGACACCCCUAGAAUUUCUAUCUCUCUUUAUCUUUGUCCUGUUUUUUUUCAUUAAUCUCUUCCGUUGUACUCCGCUAUUUCCCAUUUUUAAUAAAAUUUUAUCUUUUUGUUAAUGUCAAAAGGGGGAAGAAAAGGGUUAUGCAUAC